AUGGCCAAAGAGAAAAAAAUCAGUCUCGGGGUGAAACUCAAGCUGAUUACACUCGUCCCGUUGAUUAUUGGCAUAUUGCUUGCAUCAGUGAUAUUCGUUUCCCUAUUAUUUGAUAAGCAUACUCAGUGGCUUUACUCCAUGAGAAGUGAUUUAGUAAAAAGAUCAAAAAAUUUACUUGAAGAAACAGCCCACUCUAGACGUUCAACUAUAUCAACCUACCUUUCCAAUGUAAAUUUAAUAUAGAGUGCCCUUUAUGAGCAGUUUUUGCGAGGCGUUUAUGAUGCAAUAGACGUCGGAAAUAUUACCCUUACAGCUGAUAUUACAAAGCCGUCCUAUGUGAAUGGGAAGGAUACAAGUUCAUCAGGGUCCUAUCCAGACACAACUAAAUCUGUAUAUAUGAGCCCUUCAAAUACUGACCCGUCCGCAUCUACUUGCUAUACUAAGCUAGAAUUGCUGGAUAUUCUGAUGAGAGUCAUAUAUGCUGAUUCCAAUGACUCUACUCUUCAUCAAAUUGGAUUCACCUAUAGUAGUGAUGGUCUCGAUUAUAGGUACCCUGUGCAAGAUAUGAGCAAAUUGUCAGGGAAUUUUAAUUAUACAAGUACAUGUUCACAAGCAAGCUCUAGCUAUGACGCAAGAUGCACCCAAACUUAUUAUUACUUGAAAAACGGUGUCAAUGGGAAAACUCAAAAAUUGAUGAUUUACUAUGAAAAUGAGCUAGUGAACACAUGAAAUAACCCAAGCUAUGGCACUUUUGCCUUUUAUUCAACUAACCAUACUUUUACUCAGUUUAUUAACGAAAUUGAAUACGUGACGACUUUUGUUAGUGAAAAAGAUGGGACAUGGACAUUAGCAAAGGAAGAGGAAAAUAUUGAAGGCUUCCAAGGCAAGGUGCUUGGAGAGGUAUUGUUUCCGGACGAAAGUGAUUUAGCUGAUAGGGUCAUAACGAACUUGCUACCACUAAUGCAUGACAGUGUAGAUAUUUUAGCUAAAUUAUAUGGCUUGAUUGCUACUGAAUACGUAGCAGUCUCUCCAACCAACAUUACAAUGACUAAUGUUAGAUACACUGAAUACCAAGACUCGUAUACAGUUGGGCUUUAUAAGACCAGAACUGCAAUUUUAAUUGAAUGGAACAAUUUUAUAACUACUGUUGUUGACAUUAUUACAGGCCAGACUAUUAUAUUUGCAGUUCUUUUAUUUAUGACUAUUGUUUCUUCGAUUUUACUAAACAAAGCUUUGGUCUAUAAAAUCACUCAUCCAAUCACAGUGAUUAUUCAAGAUUUAGAAAGUGAAAGAGGAAGCAGUCGAGCUUAUCAUUUGUAUAAUAAAGAAAUCAAUGAAAUUUUUAAGUAUGUGGAGUUGACUAAUCUGUCAGAAAAAUUCAUAGACCCAUCAUUCUUAAAAAAUCCCAAGCCUGAUGAAAGGAUAGCGAAUUUGAAAGAAGCCAGGAGAUUUUUCAAAAGAGUGAAUAAUAAAAGAGGGGUUUCGAUUACAAAUAACUUAAUUGGAAAUAUUCAUUAUAGAGACCAAGAUUAUGAUAGAGCUGUAAAAUAUUAUCAAAAAGCUUUGCAGGCUAUGGAAGACUUAGAAAAAAUUGUGCUCUUACAAGAGGAGGAAGAAGCCAAGCUAACAGAAGAAGAAAAAGAAAAUUUGAGGAAAAAAACUGGGAAAAUUACAGUAGGAUGGGAAGAAGAAAAAGCUUUUCUAAAGGAAAAUAUCUGUGAAAGAAUCCUCCAGCUAUGCAUGGGAAAGCAAAUGGGACUUUUGCAUGGCACACGAAAUUUGAUGGAGCUUAGAUCUGACUGAAAAGAACUUUUAAACUUACAAUCAAAAGUCGUUCAAGUCUACUACAACACCCGCACCCAUUAUUUGAGAAUCCUAAAAAUUUUAGUAGACUUAGCCUUGGCUUUUCAAAGUUUACAAUAUUUCCACUCAGCUCUAGAAAUUUUAGAAAUCGUAGAAGAUGAGCUUAAUAAGCUAGAAACUUUGCAACACCCUGAUAUAGAUAUUGACAUUGUAAGACUUAAGAGACUUGGGGUGAAUAUAAAUGAAGAAGAAGGAGUUAUGAAGCUUCAUUUCGCAGUGCCAACUCUUGAUUUUGAAAAGGAUAUACUAAGACAAAUGAUUCUCUACAGAAGAGGGAUGAUUCUAAAAGAAACUGAUAGGUUCCAAGAAGCUGGCUAUGCACUCACAGAAGCAAUUGAAAACGGUGGGUACUUUGAUCCUUAUAUAAGGCAGCAAUGCUUAUCUGAACUUAUAAAAAUGAUGAAAAAAUUCGCAAUUAAAACCGAAAUCGAUGAGCUUUAUUCUUUGCAUAAAGAUUUUGCUUCACAAGGAAAAGCAUUACUGUUCUUGCUAAGGUACAAUUUCAAUGAUAAUUCCAAGCUGAAUAGGAAACUCGUGAAUUUUAUUACUAAUGAGCUUAAUGAUCCAGGAAACUAUAUAGGAGCAUCAACAAUGUCGUUAAAUUCUACAGUGAAAUUGGACAUUGAGAAGAGAGACAUGGCUGGAAUUGAUUUAGAAAAUAUGAUUAUGAGAGCUAAAUCAGUUUCUGCAAACGAUCACCCUUACGAUUUGAUAAUGAAAUGGAAUAAAUUAUUCCCUGAUAAAAGCAGCGAAAAAUAUAUCAUCAUUAUAUUGAAAGAUUUGCCGUUUAGCAUACAAAUUGCGAAGGAAGAUGAUUUGGCAGCAGUCAUUGAUAAAACGAUGAAAUAUAUCGUUAUACCGAUUGGAUUUGCUUUGCCAACGGAGUUUGAAAAAUAUUUGUCGGAAAACAAUGGGUAUAUAAUAGAAAUUCAAGAUGAUAGUGCGAUUGAUGAAGCGUUCGAGGCGGUGAAACGUAUCAUGGGAUAA